AUGCAUUUGAAGCCAGGGGUUAGACAGGUAGGUUUCAGGGCAGGGGUGGCCCGCUGCCACCUCAACGGCGUCGUGCACCGCGACCUCAAGCCUGAGGUGCGAUUGCCUAUGGGUGGCAAGCCCGAGAACUUUCUGUUCGCCAACAAGACGGAGGAAUCACCUCUCAAGGCCACCGACUUUGGCCUCUCGGACUUCAGAAAGCCAGGCAAGCACUUCACGGUUGUGGUGGGCAGCACCUACUAUGUGGCUCCAAGAGGCAAGCACUUCACGGACGUGGUGGGCAGCGCCUACUACGUGGCUCCUGAGGUGCUCAAGAGGCGAUCAAGAGGAGGCAAGCACUUCACGGACGUGGUGGGCAGCGCCUAUUACGUGGCUCCCGAGGUCCUCAAGAGGCGGUCGGGGCCGGAGAGUGACGUGUGGAGCAUCGGGGUCAUCACGUAUAUCUUGCUGUCUGGCAGACGACCGUUCUGGGAUAAAACAGAGGCCGGCAUUUUCAAUGAGGUGCUCAAGAUGAUCUCGGACUUCAGGGGGAAACCGUGGCCGCAGGAUCUCAGCUGCUUUCCCUGGGAGAGGGGUAGAGAGAGGUUGAGAGUGGCAGUGGAUAAUCCGUGUUUCUCACUCUCCCCAUCCCACCAGGUGCUGAAGAAGAAACCCGACUUCAGGGAGAAGCCAUGGCCGCAGAUCUCCACCAGCGCCAAGGACUUUGUCAAGAAGCUGCUCAAGAAGGACCCCCGUGCUCGCCCCACCGCUGCACAAGCCCUGUCUCACCCAUGGGUGAAGGAGGGAGGCAAUGCGUCGUCCAUCCCGCUGGACAUAGCAGUGCUGUCCAACAUGCGGGAGUUUGUCAAGUACUCACGCCUCAAGCAGAUGGCGCUCAAGGCGCUAGCGACCACUUUGGAGAGCACGGAGGUGCAGCAGCUGAGGGACCAGUUCAACGCAAUGGACAUCAAUGGGGACGGCACCAUCACCAUCGAUGAAAUCCGACAUGCGCUCAACAAGGACCUGCCGUACGAAGUGAAGGAGACCAAAGUGGUGCAGAUCUUGCAAGCGGCGCUCAACAAGGACCUCCCGUAUGAAGUGAAGGAGUCCGAAGUGGUGCAGAUCCUGCAAGCUAUGGACACCAACUGUGACGGCAUCAUUGAUUUUGACGAGUUUGUGGCGGCCACGCUGCACGUGCAGCAGCUGGAGGAGGCUGAUUCAGCCAAGUGGGAGGAGCGCUCCAAGGCAGCAUUCAACCACUUCGACACGGAUGGAGAUGGCUUCAUCGACGCGGAGGAGCUGAGAGUGGCGGCGCAAGUGAAGGGGUCGCUGGGGCGAUUGAUAGACGAGGGGGAUGUUGACGGGGAUGGGCGAAUCAGCUUGCCCGAGUUUCAGAAGCUUCUGCGCUGCGCCAGCAUUAACUCUCGCACUAACACCACCUCGCGAUCGCGCGGCCGCUCGGGCUUCGGAGCAAUUGCUGAAUGGUUUUAUGGCAUGAUUGAAACCCAUGAUCAACCCAACGUCCAGAUGGUUCGGCUCAUUCGGGAGCCCAAUAACGCGUACGACCGCAACGCCAUUCGCGUGGACAACAUCAGAGGGCAGAAGGUGGGCCACGUGGAGGCCAAAAUGGCCUGCCACCUGGCGCCGCUUGUCGACGCGGGAUUGGUCGCAAUCGAAGCUCCUGAGGCUGCAUCCCGCCUGCUCUCUGCCAGAGUGGCUCUGGUGGAAACCAACAGCCUCCCUGGUUCUGACACUUUCGGGGAAGCUUCCCCCUCUGGUUCGUUACAGGCUGCUUCGGCUGCUGCGUCAGUGGCUGCUGCUUUGGCAGCGCGACGAGCCGCGAUGAGCCAAGCAGAACAGGACAAGGCGGUCUUAUCCAUGUUUGAUGACCUGGCAUGCCAGGUGGAAGCGGAUCGGCCCACCGCGGAUCCGCCUUGCCACGUCAUCAGGUCGUCCCUCCUGCCACAUCAGCAACGGGCGCUGGCGUGGAUGAUCAAGCGGGAAAGCGCGAAGAAGCUUCCACCGUUUUGGAAAGCCGGGGCCUUAGAAUCUGGGAGCAGCAGCAAAGGGAAGAGAGGAGGGAGAGGAGGAGGAGGGAGGGGGGCCGGGAGACAGGGCAGGGGAGGCCGGGGAAGAGGAAGUGAGGUACAGGGAGGGGGUGCAGGAGGGGUGGAGGGAGGAGCGGGAGGGGGAGAUGGGGAGGAGGACGAUGGAGAUGAUGGGGGGGAGGGCGGGGGGCGAGUGUUCACCAACAUUCUCACCAACUUCACGACAGAGGAGAGGCCUAAGGCGCUGAGGGGAGGCAUUCUGGCUGAUGACAUGGGGCUGGGGAAAACGCUCUCCCUGCUCUCCCUUGUCGCUUCAACCUCUGCUGCUGCUGCUGACGCUGGUGAAACACAAGCUAUCGGCACCUCCUCCACUGGUGCUGCUGAUGGGGUGCAAGGGGAGCAGAGCAGGGCGACGCUAGUGGUGUGCCCUCUGUCCGUUCUCUCCAACUGGACGGCACAGCUGGCAGAGCACGUGGCACCAGGAGCGCUGAGCUACUAUGUGUACCACGGGGCAGAGCGUGUGAGAGACCCGAGCUUCCUCUCUGGCUUUGACCUUGUCUUUACCACCUACAACAUCCUCGCUUCUGAGUGCCCCCCUUCCUCUGCCUCCACUGCUGCUGCAGCUGCUGGUGGUGCUGCUGCUGGUGCUGCUGGUGGUUCUUCUGCUGGUGCUGGUAGGGGCGGGGCAAGGGGAAUGGCAGAGGCACAGUAUGCUGACAGUCCGCCGCCCUCCCCGCCUUCCAUUCCGGGGUGCCCAGGAAUGCUCAUGCCGGCUUAUGCGGGCAUGCCAGGGGCGCGGGGAAGGAAGAGGAAGGCGCCAGGGGCCGCAGCGCAAGGGCAGAGGAAGCGAGGGGGGAUGGCAGGGACGGCGGGAGGAGCAGGGAGCAGUAGUAGGAGCACUGCAGGAGCUUCAACAGCAGGAGGAGCGGGAGCAGAGACAGCAGGUGGAGGGCCAUUGAUGCAGGUGAAAUGGAGGCGGGUGAUUCUAGACGAAGCGCACGUGAUCAAAUCCGUGCGGACGCGGGCUGCGCGGGCGGCGACAGCACUGCAGGCGGAGAGGCGGUGGGCAGUGACGGGCACUCCGGUGCAGAACCAGCUGGGGGAUCUCUUCUCGCUGCUCUGCUUCCUGCGCCUUGAUCCUCUUAAUGAUCGUUUGAUCUGGACCCGCGCGAUCGAGCGGCCAAUGAGGGAGCGCCAGCACAUUGGGCUGGACAGAUUGAGGGCACUGGUUCUCACGACGGCUCUAAGGCGCACCAAGGACAUGCAGGUGAAUGGCCGGCCGCUGCUGUCACUCCCUCCGAAGACUGUACGAGUGCUGCCAAUCGACUUGCUGCCAGAGGAUCGGGAUCUUUACGACCAAGUGCAGGAGGAGGUGCGGCGCCUUGUGGGUGGCAUGAUGGCACAGGGUACGUUGAUGAAGAACUAUGCUACAGUGCUCGAGAUGAUCCUACGGCUCAGACAGAUCGCAGACCACAAAGGCCUCUGUCCGCCACACGUUCUUGAGGCCAUUGCUGCGUCUGCUGCUGCAGCAGAAGAAGCAGACAGAAACCAGGAUGCAAAAGCUGCAGUUCCUUUGGAUCCCCUUCUGAGUCAGAAGCUUCAGGAACUUCUGGCAGCAGGAGCAGCCGACGAGGACUGUCCCAUCUGCCUCUCUCCUCCCACUCUUCCUGUCAUCACACCCUGCUCUCACAUCUUCUGCCGCCGCUGCAUUCGCCGGGUUUUAUCCAUCCAGAAGCAUGCCUGCCCCAUGUGCAGAGCGCCAGUAGAUGAGGCUCAUCUGGUGGAGGCUCCACCUGAUGCUGCAGAAGGAGAGGGUAGUGGCGCUAAUGGGGAUCAUUCCAAGGGGGGCUUGAUGGAAGGGGUUGAGGGGAAUACAAGUGCCAAGAUUGAUGCCCUUAUUGCUGCUCUCCGUGAGCCUCUUCAGGUGCCACCAGGGUACCAACCUCCAGAGGGUGGAGCUGCUAUUGCAGGGCCUAGUGCAAUGGGAGGAGGUGAUGGGCGUCAGCAGCAGAGGGUUAAGAGUGUUGUGUUUUCUCAGUUCACUCGAAUGCUGGAUUUGGUGUAUGAGAGGUUACAGGCUGCAGGAUUCAAGUGCUGUAGAUUGGAUGGCCGCACCAAGCUAAGUGUGAGGGAGAAGGCUAUUGCAGAGUUCAACCGAGUGGAUGACGAUUCUCCUACAGUUUUCCUUGUGGGGCUCAGAGCAGCAGGUGUGGGUCUGAACCUUACAGCUGCAUCACGUGUGUUUCUGCUUGAACCUUGGUGGAACCCUGCUGUGGAGCAACAAGCAAUGGACCGAGUCCAUCGCAUUGGACAGGUACAGUAUGGGGGUUUGUGA